AUGGACGCGCUGCCGGCCGAGGUGCGGGCGUUCCUGCGCGAGCACCCGAGCCUGCGGCUGCUGCCCGGCGCCCGCAAGGUGCAGUGCGCGCUGACCGGCCACGAGCUGCCCUGCCGGCUGCCCGAACUCCAGGUCUACACCCGCGGCAGGAAGUACCAGCGGCUGGCGCGCGCCUCCCCCGCCUUCGACUACGCCGAGUUCGAGCCUCACAUCGUGCCCAGCACCAAGAGCCCGCACCAGCUGUUCUGCAGGCUCACCCUGCGCCACCUCAACAGGCGCCCGGAGCACGUGCUCAGGCACACCCGCGGCCGCCGCUUCCAGCGAGCCCUGCGCCAGUAUGCAGAGUGCCAGGAGCGAAGCGAGGAGUACGUCCCCGCCUGCCUGCUGCAGCGGCGACGGCGCAGGGGCCAGCCGCACGGGGACGGGCCACCUGCCCCUCAGCACGCCUUCUGGGAGCCCGCGUCCGGGGACGAGCAGGGCGCCGCGAGUGACGACAGCAUGUCGGACCUGUACCCACCCGAGCUGUUCACCAGGAAGGCCCCCGGAGGGACCGAGAGCGGGGACAGUGCCGACGGCAUCCUGACAGAUGACGUGAAGCCGGGGCGCCCGGGAGACGGGGAGGAGCCGGACGCGGCCCAGAAGCAGGCGCCGAAGCGCCGGAAGAAGCAGCUGGGCUCCCUGAGGAAGAAGAUGGGGCGUCCUCACGGCAAACCUCAGCGCUUGGGCUCCUGCAAGCUGUCGGGGUCCUGAGGCUGAGGGGGAGGGGCGCUUCGCCUGCCCCGGGGCUGCUCUGUCCACCCUGUCCCCCAGGCCCAGGAAGCGGCAGGGACUCCGAGACAGGACUCCAGAAUCCUGAGGG